ACAGGGAACUUGGGUUACUGAGGGAGCUGUAAAGGAACAAAGAACUUGGAAAAAUGCUUCUACGUCCUACCCAAAACUUGGAGAUACUUACACGAAGACAAGAAGCUAUAGGUUUCUUCCUUGCUACAGAGAACAUGGAAACCACUACCACGAUCCAGGACUGCUUGAAACAUAUUAAAAAAUAUCCCAAGAAUUUUAGCACACAUGGCUACUGCUCAUGCUACUGUGAACGACUGGAAGACCUUGUACAAGGGUGUUUAUAAUGCUAUGCUGAUUGGUGACCUCUGUUCGACACUUCCUCAGAGAUUAUUCAUCAUUAACAAGAUUACGACAACUUUCACUUCAGACUUGUAUAGAGUGGCUAAUCUGAUUUAUAAAAUAGUGGAUUUUGAAGAAUCCGUAAACCAGGAUCAUUUUGUUGUCAAACCAGGGGUCGAUGAAGAGUUGGAUCGAAAGAAACGGACAUAUAAUGGACUUCCAGAUUUUAUGACGAAAGUUGCUGAACAAGAAUUGUCUCAUCUUAGUGAUGGAAUUAAAGAAUGUCAAGUGAUUUAUCUUCCCCAGCUUGGGUAUUUAUUAGCUGUACCACUUACAGAUGAGAUGUCGGCUUCAAGCAACUAUGUACUUCCUGGACUGGAGUUUGUGUUUAUGUCCAACAAUGUUGCUCAUUAUAAAAGUACAAGCACAAGAGAGCUGGACAGUUUGUUAGGGGAUACUCAGUGUGAGAUUAGAGACCAUGAAACACAGAUAAUGCACAGGCUACAAAAUAUUAUUCUAGAAGUUUCCAAUGUUUUUACAGACAUAGUUACAUACUCUGCCCAGCUGGAUGUACUCAUUUCACUAGCAGUAGUGGCCAAAGAGUUCAAUUACACUAAGCCUGAACUGACCAAUGAAAAUAUCGUCUGCAUCAAAGGAGGAAGACAUCCUCUACAAGAACUUUGUGUCACAACUUUUGUUCCUAACGACACCAAUACUGGACCAUCAAGUGGGAAGAUGGUGAUAAUGACUGGUCCCAAUGCUAGUGGUAAAAGUGUCUACUUGAAACAGAUAGCUCUGAUUGUAUUUAUGGCUCACAUAGGAAGCUUUGUGCCAGCUGAUUCUGCUCGAGUAGGCAUCAUGGACCACAUCCUGUCCCGUAUCCACACUCGGGAAUCGGUCUCUUUGGGCCUGUCCACUUUCAUGAUUGACCUCAAUCAGAUGGCCCAAGCUUUACGAAAAGCAACUUCCCACUCUUUAGUGGUUAUUGAUGAGUUUGGAAAAGGCACAGAAGCAGUGGAUGGUUUAGCUUUGUUGACCUCUAGUCUUCAGUUCUGGUUAAAGAAAGAGCAAGCUUGUCCUCACGUGUUUGUGUCUACUCACUUUCACUCCAUCUUCAACCUUCUGCCUCCUACAUCUUUACUAAAGUAUCAGACCAUGGAAGUGCUACAAGAUCAAGAAAAUUUUGUGUUUUUAUACCAGCUGAAAGAUGGAAAAGCUGAUGGAAGCUGUGCCCAUCACGUAGCUUCUCUUGCAGGAAUACCAAUUAAUCUGAUAGAAAGAGGCAAACAGGUUUCAGAAUUAUUUAGACAGAACCGGCCCGUACCUCCUGUAAACCAAGAAACUGCCGAUGCUAAACUAAAAAAGUGAUCUUUUCACAGUAUUGGUAUGUUCAGAAGGUCUUGGCCUGAGAUCUGAAGCUGAAACUAGCAAUGCUAGUUGUCUGUGCUUGCAAUGUCUUCUCUACGUCAGCUGAAUCUUCCAAUUAUAUACCAACAUACAUUAUCACCAACGUUUGAUGAACCUUGAAUAACAAAUCAUAAGACAUUCCCUCCAUUUCAUGACUACAAAUACUCUUGUAGAUCUAUUUGUUUUUAAACUUUUACUGCAGUAAGAUAUGUUAUACAAGUCUUGUUUUUUUCUUUUCAUAUGACUUGGUUUU